UUCGCUGCCUCCAGCCAUAGAAGAGUCUGCUUCUUGUCUAGACAGUCCUGGCUCAAUUGGCUAGCAUACCAAGGGAAUAGUUGGUGCAUUGCAUUUGCGUCGUCGACGAUAGUGUCCAGUUGCAAACAGUUUGAAAUUUUUCCAGCUCACAGGCGAGAAAAGUAAAGAUCUUCGUUCCGAUUAAAGUUUGAGUGUGUGUGCGGUCGAGAAAGUGCAUCCUCUUCGAUGUUACUGCGGGUUCUUUAACUGUGAAGUUCACUCCCAUUCUGAAUGUGAAGUAAAUACUGUGUUCUGCGCCUACGUGUAUGCAUCGUUCACUCAUACUAUUGUCUGAAAGUCCUUUCCGUCGAAGGAAGCUGUUUGGCACCCAUUUUUAUGUAUUGGUGGUGCGCUCCUGCUUUGUUGAUAGUGGGUGGUGUCUGAAGCGAAAAGAUGAAUAACAUCCGCUUGGAAGAGUGAAGUUUUGUGUUUAUCAGUUGAAUUAAGGAAACGGAAAAAGGAUAGUGUCGUUCUGACAGCAUCCGACAAAACCGACAAAAAAGUUGUUAAGGCUUUUCAAUUGUACCCUAGGAAGAAAUAUGGAUGGUGCGGCCUACGAUUGUCCCAGUGGUUUGAAGAGAAGAAAAGUGGUGUGAAUGGCAGAAGAUGCAAUCAGUCGUUGUCAGUGAGUGGAGGCUUGCUUCGGCCAGCUUUCACAUGCAGCUAUGAAAGCGAUCAAUCAACCAGUGAAGAGUGGUGAUAAUUAAAACAAGCGGUGCAAGAAAAACAAAUAGUGAAGGAAGAGACCCCAAGCAGGUGGGGCAGAAAACCAGCAUCAUGACAGAAAGAAAGUUUACUCGGGGGCUCAACAAACCGGGAAUGGCUGCCCAGCUGAGGGAGAACAUCUCGCAGGUUGUACGUGAAUCUGCUUCACUUAGCAAACCUGUGCUGGUAGAGCCCAUCGACUUCGAGGGAUUUAUGACCCAAAAUAAAACUCUCAUCCAGAAUGAUCCUCAACGAGAACUGCUAAUCUAUCCUAAUGAUGACGUAGGGGAAGUGGUCCUGUCGAAGAAAUUCCGCACCAUCAGCAACAACAUUCCGAAAUUCGCCAAAACAGCAACCAACAGUAGCACGAAUGGUUCGCCAGCCGUUGAAAAUAGCAGCAGACCUUCCUCGCCCGUCGUGAAUCCACAAGGCCAUUUAUUGACCCGCCAAGCACUGCACACGUACGAAACUGCCAAUCAUUUGAUACACUACAAGUACAGUGCAUAUGGAGGAACAUACCUUGAGCUACCGAGAACAUCGCCAUCCGAUGAACUGAAGGAAGAACUGUACGAAGUCGAUACCGAUCAUGAUAGGCUCGAUGAACAGAUGACUCGCUCGCAGGCAGAUUCGAUCACCAAACAGGGAUACCUGCUAAAGGGCCCAGACACAAAUUCAGACCGCAUGUUUGCCCACAUAGGGUCGAAGUCAUUCAAGCGACGCUACUGCUAUCUUCGGCAGGAAAUCGACGGCACCUACAUUCUAGAGUUGCAUAAAGACGAGAAACAAAUUGAGGCGAAGACUACUAUUGUCAUGGACUUUUGUACCGAAAUUGCUACAAAUCCGAAAAAAGGACGCUAUUGUUUCGAACUGAAAAUGAACGCGGGCCAGCACAAGUCCUUUACGCUGGCCGCAGAUGACGAGGCAGACAUGGAAGAUUGGGUGAAAAAGAUAUCUACAGUGAUACAACAGAACAAACUACAAGAAGAUAAGCGAGCCGCAUCACUGGAACGAGCGCCUCCGCCUAGCCCAAGCACCAUGAUGUACGGAACUCUUAAAGGGUUAGAGCAGAGCAUGAAUCCCCAACUGAUGAAAUAUGGUCGCGAAACGGAUGUCUCCAUUGCGCAGGCUAGGAAAGAUAAUCGCCGAAGACUUUUUGGAGCAAGUCAACAAAUGCAUGCGGCGCAAUCACCGACGAAAACUGAGCCAUCUGUUGAGCCAUAUCGAGAGCAAUUUGGCCAACGAAUUAUUCUGAAGUGUGAUUCGCUCAAAUUUCGUCUGCAGGCCCCCUUAGAGGGAGCCGCCAGCACUACAAAUGGGUCAGCUACCAGCGAAAGUGAAACGACUUUAUGUCAGCUGGAACCAUACCUGACUAGCGUGGCACUGUACGACGCCAAAGCCAACCGGAAGUUGAGCGAAAGUUUCUAUUUUGAUCUAAACAAAGAUCACGUGCGAUCCAUGCUGAACGCCAACUGCGACUCGGAAAAACCACAGUGCACCUCUCCAAAGUCGGCCAGCAAAUCACAGCAAAACGGUCACGGGACAUUACGGCACUCGAAGACGCGCUGUGACACCAGUGACGAUCUACAUCCGGACCUGACGAAGGAAUGGUUGGCCCAGGCAAAACAAGCAAUUUUCAGUGUCACCACUCCACAUCCGGACAUUUUUGUUGUCGUUAAAAUUGAUAAAAUCCUCCAAGGAGCGAUCAAUCCUUCGACGGAACCCUACCUGAAGGCUACCAAAGACGUUAAAAUUCUAUCCAAGUUGCAAAAGACGGUUCGUCAAUACGCUCAAAAAUGCGGACACUACCGAAUGCCAUUUGCUUGGGCUGCUCGACCGUUGUUUCGAUUGUACAGUAACGAUUUGGAUACGUCGUUCGAUUUUCCUGCCAUCUAUCGGCAGGAGGGAGCACGGCUGAAGGAUGACGAAUUGCUUAAACUUUUAGCUGAGUACAGGAAACCGGAUAAGUUCAGUAAAUUAACGGUAAUUCCUGGAUCCUUAAAGAUUUACAUCGAGGCGUUGAAUGAAUUGCCACAGAACUGUUUAACAACCAGUUUGGUUCCACUGAAACCGUUCCCAUCGCCACCGACCACGGGGCCUACCCUGGAGAUAACAGAAUUUGCCGGAACAUCCGAGCAGCAUCUAUUCCCGUAUGCCACCUACGUGAACCAUUUGUAUGUCUACCCAUUGCAACUUAACUACGACAGUCAAAAGAUAUUCUCCAGAGCUCGAAACAUAGCAGUGCUGAUUGAGCUAAGGGAUAGCGAUACUGCUGAAGCAAAAUCGAUUGAAUGCAUAUAUGGUCGUCCGGGGCAGUCGACGCUGGUUUCGCAGAUCUCCUGUCCGGUCAUCCAUCACAACACAAGCCCUACGUGGUAUGAAGAGAUUAAACUACGUUUGCCGCUGCGAAUCACGGCCCAACAUCAUCUAUUGUUUUCGUUCUUCCACGUGUCCUGCAAUAUUGCUAAGAAGAAAGAUCUCGUUUCGACCAGUGCCGAAACGCCCGUUGGCUAUGCGUGGCUUCCGUUGCUAACCAAAGGUAAAAUGAUUGUAGAAGAGCAAUGUUUACCGGUGGCCGCUUCACUUCCGGUCGGCUACCUUUCGAUCCAACCACUCGGGCUUGGAAAAGGGAAUUCUGGUCCGGACAUCCAGUGGAUCGACAAUCAGCGCCCGAUUUUCACUGUUAACUUCCGGCUGGAUUCUACCGUUCUUACGACCGAUCAGCACCUGCAUAAUCUGUUCGUGCACGCCGAGCGGCUACUCGAGCAGUCCAAAACUGCCGCACAACCUGCCGAGUCGGAAACCUGCAAGAUACUGAAAGCCGCACAUGCCAUUCACAUAAGCUCGCUGAUCAGUUUUCUUCCGACAAUCCUCAAUCAAUUGUUUUCCUUGCUGGUUGCAACCACCAGCGAGGAGAUCGGUCUGAACAUCAUUCGGCUACUUGUCAAUCUGUUCCACAUGGUUGCUGAAGAGGCAAAACGCAAGGAACUGCUUACUUCCUACGUGAAGUACGUGUUCAGAAUCGAAGGAUUUCCGGUGAACGGCUGUUCGCCAAAAUCACAACUGGUCAGCACUGUUCACGGCGAACUAUGUCGCCAUCUACCAACUUUACUACAUCCUAACAAUACUGAUUUCCUACUAGUAAACAAGUUCAUGAAAUUCUCAGGAAUUUUCUUCGACAUUAUCGUUAAAAGUAUGGGCCAUUUUAUGCUAACCACAGGCCGCAUCAAGAUGCAGCGAAGCGAGCGCUUCCCGAAAGAGUUUUCGACCAGAAUCGAAGCUCUCUUCCAGGUUUUGCUGCCGUAUCUGAGCUCUCGCCACAAAGAUCUUCCCCUGGAGACGGAACAGUUGAACCGAAGUAUGUCGGUGUUUGUCAAACGCUGUCUUACCUUUAUGGAUCGAGGAUUCGUGUUUCGACUUGUACGGAUCUGUAUGGAUCGCUGGGGUCCCGGUGAUUCCCGCAUUCUACAGGAGUACAAAUUUUCCUUCAUUCGAGAAGUCUGCUCACACGAGCAUUUUAUCCCUUUGAAUCUUCCACUUUUACUCAGUCCGAAGAAUCGGCCACCGGAGUUGCUGCAGCAGUUCUGUCUGUCGGAAGACUUUUGCAGGCAACAUUUUCUGGUAGGAUUGUUACUUCAAGAAGUGAAAGGAUCACUCAACGAGGUUAGUCAUAUCCGAAAGCUCGGCUUAACAAUUUUAAAGGAACUGCUGGCUAAACACGAUCUAGACGAUCGCUAUCAGAAUAGAGGACAACUGAGCCGAAUAGCUCUGCUGUACGUACCCUGGUUAGGUAUCGUGUUGGAGAACAUCAAUCGCAUCCCCGAUGGAAUGGAGAAGAAGAAACACGACUCCAUCGGAACCAACAGAAUGUCCUGUAGCAGUAGCUAUGUAUUCGCCAGGGAAUCUACACCAGUUAGUACACCAGUGACGGUUACAUCGCACACCAGCACUCCCAAGUCGCGUAGCAAUCGCGUAACAAUGCAUCUAGAUUACCCUAGUCCGAUACGGUCUUCACUGCAUCUAAAAGAUACCAGUUUCUUGGCAGCUAUUGCCGGCCAAGUAUCGCUCGCCAAUGGCCACUCGACGACGUCGCUCAAUUCUGAAUGCUCAACACUUUCGCAGGAUGGAACGGUAGUGAUACGCAAUCAUCACAACGACCUGCACAAUGGUUCCUCACGACCCAGUCACGCACGUUCCGUAAGCGUUACGCAGCCUACCAUUAUCCAAAGAACCGACCGGUUUUCACCGAUGGAAACCAAAGACAUGCUGAUAAGCUUUCUAUUCGUAGUGAAACACCUUUCGCAGGAUCAUAUGAUCGCAUGGUGGCAGAACUGUACCGAAAGUGAAACGGUCCAAUUCUUUACGGUGCUCGAUCUUUGCUUGCUGUACUUCCGGUACGUCGGUAAGAAAAAUAUUCAGAUUCUCGGAGAAACUGGGAAGGAUACCAGGGCAUCUAAAUCGGCAAAAGCUAGUACUCUACCGGCUCGGAUGAUGCCACCGAGCAGCGAAUCUGCGAAUUCAUUUGAGUGUGGUACCCUAAAUCAUCCUCAAAACCGCGAGAAUUUGGUUGAAGAAACGAUGAGGCUACAGCGUGCGCUCUAUGAGUCGAAUCUAGCGACGGAGAUAGGAUUAACGAUCCUGGACUGUAUGGGUCUGUACUCAAUUCAGUUCCGAAGUAUCAUGUUGGAAGGUUCCGUCCUACCGAAGAUCGCUCGGGUAUAUUUGCGCUUUUUGCAGCUGGGACAAUCGGAAUCACUCUCGAAACAUGUGUUCGCAGCCUUGCGUGCUUUCAUCAACAAUUUUUCGCAAGCAUUGUUCAAAGGAAAUGCCAUUCUAUGUGGCCAACUGGUCUACGAGUUGCUCAAGUGUUGUGAUAGCCGCUUGUCUAGCUUGCGGCAGGAAGCCUGCGCAGUCCUGUAUUUACUAAUGCGAAGUAAUUUUGAAUUUAGUGGACGGAAAGGUCUAACCCGAGUUCACCUACAGGUGAUCAUCUCGGUAUCGCAGAUGAUUGGAAACGUAAUUGGACUGAACAAUGCUCGCUUCCAGGAGUCGUUGUCGAUCAUCAACAGCUAUGCUACCAGUGACAAAGCGAUGAAAGGGACGGGCUUCCCGCUGGAAGUGAAAGAUCUAACUCGACGGGUAAGAACGGUGCUAAUGGCAACCGCUCAGAUGCAAGCACACCAUAUGGACCCGGAACGUUUGUUGGAACUGCAACACUCGCUCGCUAACUCCUAUGCUUCAACGCCGGAACUCCGUCAUACCUGGCUGGUAACGAUGGCCCGUAAUCAUGAACAAAAUGGUAACAUUUCUGAAGCCGCGUCUUGCUAUCUGCACAUAGCGGCACUGAUCUCCGAGUAUCUCAAAUUGAAGGGCAAUUGUGCGGUGGCAUACGGAGCCGAAUCGUUUUCCAAGAUCUCACGUAACAUUCCACGGGACGAAAAGGGUCUAAAGUUGGACAGCGGUGCGCAGGAUUCGCAAUACACGGAACAGCUGCUACUUGAUCAGUUGAAAGAGUGCGCCGAAUAUUUGGAUCGAGCCGAACGGCACGAGUGUCUGGGUGAACUGUAUCGGUUGAUUUUGCCCAUUCUGGAGAGUCGCAGGGAUUAUGCCGGUUUGGCGCACUGCUACGAACAUCUGAUGCAGUCCUACAAUCGGGUAAUUGAGUUCAAUAAAAGUGGAAAACGAUUGUUGGGGAGGUUCUAUCGUGUCAUCUACUACGGGCAGGUUUAUUUCGAGGAAGAAAAUGGCGUCGAGUAUGUUUACAAAGAACCUAAGGUAACUUCUUUGAGUGAAAUAUCUGAACGAUUGCAUAAACAGUACCAAGACAAGUUUGGAGCGGGUAAUGUUAAGAUGAUCAUGGAUUCAUCACCGGUUGACGUAACUUCAUUGGAUCCAAAGCUGGCUUACAUUCAAGUGACCCAUGUGACACCGUAUUUUUGCAAGGACGAGUUGGAAAUUCGGCAAACUGAAUUCGAACAAAACCAUGACGUAGAUACAUUCAUGUAUGAGACGCCGUUUACUUCAAACGGUGGUGCAAGAGGUUCCGUAGAGGACCAAUGGAAAAGGCGUAACAUAUUGACAACUCAACAUAGCUUCCCCUACGUGUUGAAGCGCAUUCCAGUUAAGGAACGGCAGUCUGUUGAACUGAGCCCCAUCGAGGUGGCCACCGAUGAAAUGCAAGCCAAGGUGGCCGAACUAGAGGAGGUGGUCCUGGGACCGAUAGAUCUGAAGAAAUUGCAGCUGCGACUGCAGGGAAGUGUGGCCGUUACCGUCAAUGCCGGUCCCUUGGCGUACGCGUCAGCUUUUCUGGACCCAAAGCUGGGGGCAAAAUAUCCGAUCGAUAAAGUGGAAGAACUGAAGGAUACUUUCCGAGAAUUUAUCCGCAUAUGCUACACGGCAUUGCAGAUCAAUGCCAACGUAAUCUCCACCGAUCAGCGCGAAUAUCACAAUGCGUUGAAGGAAAACUACGAGAACAUGUGUUCAGCACUCAGUGAUCUGCUGGGGGAGUUCGUAUAUCCUCUGGACGAUAGUAAUAACAACGCUCACCGUCAUAGUCUUGCCUUGUUCAGUGCCAUCAGUGGGGCACCGAAUAAUUCCAGCACCGCUUAGAUAGGAUUUUAGCAAAUCGAAUCUCGAAAAAGCGCAACUCCGUGAGCUAAAGGGUAGGUGCACCGAGUUUUGUUUCGUUUGGAGGUUGUUUGGCAUAGGUUUUUGUGAAAACAAUAAUAUCGAACGAGUUGUGGGAUUCAAGGGGACUUAUGGGUGUAUGACAUGCUGUAUUGUCCUUAAUUUGGUUCAUUCAUUUGUUAUAUUUUAUUCGGAUACCCAGGCGUUUUAUACGACCGCAGACGUUUUGGAAACGACAAAGUGUAACCCUUUUUAGGCACUUAAAUGGGCAUGAUAUUAUAUCAGGUGCUCGAUAGUCUGGCAUUACCUUUUCCAGAAAUAACACUUACCACUAAGAUUAUUUUCUAUAAGCGCACCUAAGUGUUAAAUUCAUAUUUAAAUUCAGUUUUUAAAUGUUUGCGGCAUUUAAAUACUUAGUUUGUCCUCCAGUACGCUCAAUUACCUGUAAACACAUUAUAAGUAUACUUCCUACCAGGGCUUGGUACGUUCUUUUCAUUCCGAUUUUGCUCUUUUAAUUACUGCAGGUAUUUUAGUCAAGCAGAAAUUGAAAAAGUGUUGCACGGGGUGUAGCGAAUAGCAUUGGCGUGGUCGAAUGGAAUCGAAUUAACUUGUGGAAUUAGUUAUAAUCUGCAAUAGUGAAGUAAAUAUUGCUAUGUCUUUUGUAUUAACAGCGCUUUAAGGUUGCUACUCCGUUGGUCGCAAAAGGCGCGCUUUUUACUACCAGCGGCAUUGCAGUACUAAAGCACCGUAAACACAACAGUUAAAACUUUACUUUUUUCAGCAAAGUUUUACUAAUCCUGGCUCUACAAAUGUUCCAUACACCACUUUUUCAAAUUGUGUUUGGCUAAAGUGCAGUAAUCAAAAGAGCAAAGUCGAAGCUCAUGCCAAGCCUAUUUCCACCCACUUUUUUUUUCAAAUUUCCAUUUCAAAAUGCUCGCGCGGUUAUGAAAUUAACCUCUUUCAGGUCAUUCGUGCUGUUAUGUUGCUUCUUGAGGGCAUAGAUCUGUCGCACAAUGAUUACCUUCUCCAGAUCUAAGGUUAUCUGCUCAUAGUUUAAGCUACUCUUUCUAAAAGCAUUUUGGGGCGUGCCCAGUUCUAGCAACAUAUUUGUAUGCUUAAUACAGGUGGUGUUUCAUGCGUCUGCGCCACUCUCCUUUUUCCAUUUUGCCAACAAGUGUAGAUCGCAGAAUUUUACGCUCAGAAUCCCCAAGCACUUGUCGAUCAGCUUCCCUUAGUAUACAUAAUACUUAUCCAUAAAGGGCCACCGUGAGAAUUAGUGUUCUGUAGGGCGCUAGUUUUGUGCGAGUUCGCAAACUAUGUAAUUGGUAAAAAGUCCGAUUCGCGACAGCAAUUCGUCGUUUUACUUGCCGGCUUACAUCGUUGUCACAGGUUACGAGCGAACCAAGAUAUAUGAAUUCCUCCGCUACUUCAUACCGUAUCCCAUUCAGCUUCACCUCGGCACCAACACCAUUUGGAUUCCCAAGUUCCCUACCAGCAUCCGUGUACUUCGUUUUGGCGAUGUUAAUGGCAUGUCCCAACCUCUCUGCUUUCCCAGUUAAAAGGCCUCUUCCACUGCUCUACGGUUGAUUCCGAUAAUAUCAACAACCAAGAAGCAUGUAAGAUUUCGUGAUCAUAGUUCCGUUCCUUUCCCGUUUGCACUGCGUAUUGCACCUUCCAAGGUAACGUUGAAUAGCAUGUUAGAGAGUGCGUCAUCUUGGUUCAGUUCAUCCAACAAGGUCACGAAAGCGGCUGAGGUCUCACCCGCUAUUCUGACGCAUGGUUUUGACCUUUGCAGUGUCGCACGAAUCAGUGUAAUUAAUUUCGUCAAAAAACCAUAUCUCAUAUCUAAAACUCAUAUCGUUUAACUGAAUCGUACGCCGCCUUAAAGUCCAUAAACAGAUGAUGAGUCUGCAAGUUGUACUUACGGAAUUUGUCUAAUAACAAUGUCGCAGGUCAGCUUGGUACUCACCGACGAAGAACUCUGCUAACUAUUUCAGUAUACAGAACAGAAUAUCGGAGAGCACCUUAUGGGCGGAUUUGAAAAUAGAGCAAAUGAGGCCAUCCAACUCCGGAUUGGUUCUUCCUCCCAGAUGCUGACAAUAUUCCAGUGGAUUGCUUCAUACAGCCGCUCGCUCCCCGCUUUUUAGAAGUACAGCGGGGAUACCGUCCUUCCCAGCAGCCCUAACGUUUUUCAAAUCACUUUGGCCUUGCUUAACCUCCUUCUGUUCUUGCUGAUUUCCAUGUUUAUAUCGCCAUUCAACAGCAUAUGGAAGUGCUCCUUCCACUUAGCUGCUGCCAUCGUUUGGUCAGCAAGCAGUUUACAAGCACUAUCAUUGGCCACAUCUCAUGCGUGGCAUAUUCGUGCACCACACCGUUUUGUAGAAACUCCGUGUGUCGUUGCUGGCGAAUUGCUCCUCUACGCCGGAGAACACGAACUCCUCACACUCGCGUUUUUUAGACAGUGGGCUCUUUUUUCCGCAGCUCUAGUCUCCCUAUACCUUUCUCCGUGUUGCGACGGUGAGCAUGCCACUCCUGGCCUGGUUUUUUUAUAUGUUACUCUUUGGCAUUCGGCAUCAAACCAGCUAUUAUCACUAUCUUCCACGCGUCGUCCUACACCCUCUUUCGCAGUUAGUUCAAUGGCACCAUGCGGGUUCUUCUACAGCGUACUUAUAUCUUCUUUACCUUUUUCUUGCUGUUCUACGAUUCGUUGAUCAAGCUUUUUAGCAUAUUCCGCUGCCACGCCAUCUACCGUCAACCGCUGGAGGUGAAAAUGCAGCGUUUUCUCAGUGCGAGCCUUGACCGCGUUCGAUAACCUUGCGCGAAUCUUGCACGCGAGGAAAUAGUACACUCAAAAUAAUCCAC